AUGGAUGCGCUCUACAAUCCGCCCGCCCCUGACUUGUCUCGGACGUUCCAGUUCCUGAGACGUGUGAACGCCAAACACGGUCUAACCCUUUCUUCGUACUACGAUCUCUACCAAUGGUCCACAACCAACAUCGACGACUUCUGGAGCGAGGUCUGGGAUGACACUGGAGUCGUUGGGACCAAGGGAGAACAUGUUGUCGACACUGUCGCCCUGCCUCCUGCGAGCCCUCCUUGGUUUAAAGAAGCCAGGCUCAAUUGGGCUGAAAACAUGCUCCGCUGUCGAUCCCCGGACAAGACAGCGCUGAUUGAAGCCAUUGAGCCUCACCCCGCCAACCCCAACCGUCCUCUUCGCCGGGUAUCUUACGAGGAGCUCUAUUCUCUCGUCGCCGAUCUGGUUUCUGCAUUCCUUUCUCUCGGCCUCGAAGCGGGAGAUCGAGUUGCGUCGUACGCUUCCAAUUGCAUUGAAAAUGUAGCAGCUUGUCUUGCAGCUACUGCAAUCGGUUGCAUAUGGGUCAGCGCUGCAGCUGAUUUUGGUCCCGAAGGAGUUUUGGAGAGGUUUGAGCAGGUCCAGCCCAAAGUGGUCAUCUCCGUGGAUGGUGUCGUCUAUAACGCCAAAGUGCAUGUGCACAUACCGAAGCUGAAGACACUCCUAUCUGGUCUCUCGGAGCGUGGACAUAUACCACAGAAGGUGGUCGUAAUUCGUCAUCUGCUGAUGCCAAGCGAAGACGCAAAGUGGGACAGAACUUGGAUGGAUUUCAAAGACUUGGCUGCUGAGGGCGAGAAGGCGAAGUUGGGACGUACUCCUGAGGGCGAAAUAAAAUGGCAACGCUUGGACUUCAACUGGCCGCUUUGGAUACUGUUCAGCUCUGGAACGACUGGUGAGCCGAUAGUACACCGGGCUGGUGGGAUGUUGCUGCAAAUGAAAAAGGAGCUCAUCAUAUGUGCCGACAUGCAGCCAGAGGAUGUCUUUUUCUAUUAUACCACCACAGGAUGGAUGAUGUGGAACUGGCUGGUAAGCGGGUUGAGCGUAGGCUGUACUUUGGUGCUGUACGACGGCAGCCCGUUGCGCGAUCCUGCGUACCUCUGGCGACUCGUGGAUGAACUCCGUAUUACGAUUUUUGGGACAAGCGCGAAGUACAUUGAUCAGCUGUCCAAAUCAUACAAGCCUUCGGAGCACCACAAGCUUACUUCUCUACGCCAUAUCUAUUCAACCGGCUCUCCACUCGCGCCGUCUUUAUAUGAUUUCGUUUACGAACACAUCAAGCGCGAUGUGCUUCUCGGGUCUAUUACAGGCGGGACAGACAUAUGCUCACUGUUCGCCGGGAUGUGCACGGCGCUCCCGGUGUUCCGUGGAGAGGUUCAGUGUAGAUUGUUAGGGAUGGCCGUUGAGGUCUUCACGCCCGCAGGGACGCCAGCCAAGCCAGACGAGGCCGGAGAGUUGGUCUGUCUCAAACCAUUUCCGUGCAUGCCAGCGGGCUUCUGGCCCCUGCCAGGCUACGGCUCCGAGGAGGCUGUUCAAGCCGCCCAAGCACGAUAUCAACAGGCGUAUUUCUCAGAAUUCAAGGACGUGUGGUUCCACGGCGACCAUGUCAUCCUCACGCGAUCGAGGGCAGGAAAUGGAGGAGGGCUGAUAAUGCUGGGCAGGAGCGAUGGCGUUCUCAAUCCAGGAGGGAUACGGUUUGGCUCAGCUGAGAUCUACGACGUGAUAGAGCUGUGUUUCUCCCCGUCGACAUCGCAUGCAGGCCACGCCAUCGUCGACUGUCUUGUGGUCGGGCAGAGCAUUGCCGACGGCACGGAUGAGCGCGUGAUUCUCUUUGUGAAGCUUCUAGAAGGGCAAACGCUCACCCCAGAGCUCGAGAAAAAGAUCAAGGCCGAGGUGCGUUCUCGGCGAAGCGCGCGACAUGUCCCCGCCCGGAUCAUCCAAGUUCGCGAUAUUCCGUACACCGUGAACAUGAAGCGUGUGGAGGUGCCAGUAAAGAAGAUCAUCAAUGGGGCGCCAUUGUCUAGCGUCAAUCCAGCUACCCUGAGAAACCCGGAGUGUCUGCCUGAAUAUGAGGCGGUGGGCAAGGCUUUGAGGGCCGAAAUGAGAGGUGUGGAGUGA